UGAUAACCCGGUAGAUACUGUUCGAAAUAUCUUGUAGAAUACCGGUCAAAUUGGUUAUCAAAAAUAACAAUCGGUUCGGAUACAAAUUUACUCAAAUAGCCUUGUCUUUAUGACGAUAAUCAACCAGUGUUCGAAUCGAAGAAAGAAAACCACGCGAGCUCGUUUCACCGUCAUCAUCUCCUCUUUUGAUUCCUCGCAAUUCGCAACCUAUUUUUUUUCUACUUUCUCCUGAUUGCUUGAAAUUUGUUGUUUUCUUCUGAUUGCAAUUCCUCUUCGAAAACUUUUCUGAGAGGAUUUGAUUUUAGGUUUUUUUUUUCCUUCUUUUGAUUUGGGGUUAGAUGGCAUCGAAUCCUCACAGAGGCGGUGCGGGUGGUUCUCUUUAUGGCGGUGCCGCUCCGUAUAGAUCCAGAGAUGGACUUAGCACUAGAACUGCUACAGGUUCAGAGGAGAUUCAGCUAAGGAUUGAUCCGAUGCACUCUGAUCUGGAUGAUGAGAUCACUGGUCUCCAUGGCCAAGUCAGGCAAUUGAAAAAUAUUGCUCAGGAAAUUGGUUCAGAAGCUAAGUUUCAGAGGGACUUCUUAGAUGAACUGCAAGUGACAUUGAUGAGAGCGCAGGCUGGGGUGAAGAACAACAUAAGGAAACUGAACUUGAGCAUCAUACGUAGUGGCAACAACCACAUCAUGCACGUGGUUCUUUUCGCGCUGUUCUGUUUCUUCAUUCUCUACAUGUGGUCGAAGAUGAGAAAAAGAUGAGAAAAACUAAUGAUGGAACUUGAUCAAUGUUUGAAAGUUGUAUAAAAGAUCUUUUAGUUACACGACAUUUUGUGGUUCAUCUCGUUCCCUGCUAUAUAGAGUGUGCUUAUUUUAAACAGUUGGAAAGCAAAGAUAUUAUUAUAUCACAUAGAGAUGCUUCUGUAUCUUUUCUUUGUUAAACCAGUUUGAAUCUGGUCAUGAGCGUCCGGUCUAAUCCGAU